AUGCCCACGUGGAUGGAUAUGAGCAGUGUCAAAGCUGAUGACCCUCCCACAUCUGAUCCACCACCAGCUGUCACAAGAGCUCAGGUGGUGAGUCCACAGGAGGACGGCUGCUCUCUGAGUGUGAGCAUAGCCUUGAUCUUUCAGGGGGGGCUUUUGGGCAAAGUUGGGUUAAGUGUCUUGCCCAAGGACACAACGACAGCAGUCAUCAGUGGGAGCCUGUGGAGAAGGUGCAGAGGUGGGAAUUGA